AUGGGGCCACGGGCGUCCCUGAGCCGGCUCCGGGAUCUCUGCCACUACUGGCUGCGGCCAGCUCUGCACACCAAGAAUCAGAUCCUGGAGCUGCUGGUGCUGGAGCAGUUCCUGAGUGUGCUGCCCCCGCACCUCCUGGGCCGCCUGCAGGGGCAGCAGCUCAGGGAUGGCGAGGAGGUGGUGCUGCUACUGGAGGGCAUCCACAGGGAGUCCAGCCACACCGCCGGGCCGCUGGAUUUUAGUUUUAAUGCUGGCAAGAAUUAUCCCCGUGCUGAUAUCACUUUGGAGGAACAGGGGGGCCCUUCCCAGGUCCCCAGCCACAGCCCCAAAAAGGAAGUGCCCUCAGAAGAGCCUCCAGUCCUGGGUCCAUCGAAUGAACUGCCCCCACCGCAGCCAGGACCCACCAAGCCUGCUGAACUGGCACAGUGGAGACAUCCCCCAAAUUCAAAGCAGCCGCCAAGCUUGGAUUCCCAGGGGUCAUUCCAGGCCCUGCAAGAAAGCAUGCUGUCGGCCCCCCAGGGCUCCUCGCCGUGGCCAGAGGAGAAUUCCCGAGAUCAGGAGCUGGUAGCUGUGCUGGAGUCCCUGACCUUUGAGGAUGUGCCAGCGAGUAAGGCCUGGCCUGUGUGCCCCGGGGGCUUUGAAAGCAGAACCCCAGACAAGGAGGAGUUUAAACAAGAAGAGCCCAGAGAGGCUGCCUGGCCCGCGGCUGUCCCUGUAGAGCCGCAGGCAGACAGUCCCGCGGUGCCGGCAGAGCCUCUCGCGCAGACGCUUGGACCAGGCUCCGGUUCGAGCGACACUGGUGAAGGAGGGACCCCUCAUGGCAGCAGCCAGGUUGUGGAGGUCCAAGUGGCCGGGGGCGCCACCGAGUCAGACCCGGAGACGCAGUUCAUAUGCACCGAGUGCGGGGGGAGCUUCCCGCAGCUUGCCAGCCUCAAGGCGCACCAGCUGCGCUCCCACCCAGGCGUGCGCUGCUUCCUGUGCCUGAGCUGCGGGAAGAGCUUCGGCCGCAGCUCCAUCCUCAAGCUGCACAUGCGCACGCACACGGACGAGCGGCCGCACGCCUGCCACCUGUGCAGCCAUCGCUUCCGCCAGAGCUCGCACCUGAGCAAGCACCUGCAGACGCACUCCUCCGAGCCCGCCUUCCUGUGCGCCGAGUGCGGCCGCGGCUUCCAGCGCCGCGCCAGCCUCGUGCAGCACCUGCUGGCGCACGCCCAGGACCAGAAGCCUGCCUGCGCCCCUGAGACCAAGACGGAGGUGACAGAGGUGCCGCAGCUGGCUGUCGUCCUGUGCUCCCACUGCGGCCAGACUUUCCAGCGCCGCUCCAGCCUCAAGCGCCACCUGAGGAUCCACGCCAGGGACAAGGACCGCCUCCGCCCAGACUCCAACAGUCGGCCCUUCCCGUGCGGCGACUGCGGCAAGGCCUUCCGGCGCAGCGAGCACCUGGUGGCCCACCGGCGCGUGCACACGGGCGAGCGGCCCUUCUCGUGCCAGGCUUGUGGCCGCAGCUUCACCCAGAGCUCGCAGCUAGUCAGCCACCAGCGGGUGCACACGGGUGAAAAGCCCUACGCCUGCCCGCAGUGCGGGAAGCGCUUCAUGCGGCGGGCCGGCCUCGCCCGCCACCUGCUGACCCAUGGCGGCCCACGGCCCCACCACUGCACCCAGUGUGGCAAGAGCUUCAGCCAGACGCAGGAUCUGGCCCGUCACCGCCGCAGCCACACCGGCGAGAAGCCCUGCCGCUGCAGCGAGUGUGGCGAGGGCUUCAGCCAGAGCGCCCACCUGGCGCGCCACCAGCGCAUCCACACCGGGGAGAAGCCCCACGCCUGCGACACCUGCGGUCAUCGCUUCCGCAACAGCUCCAACCUGGCCCGCCACCGCCGCAGCCACACAGGCGAGCGGCCCUACAGCUGCCCCACUUGCGGCCGCAGCUUCCGGCGCAACGCCCACCUGCAGCGGCACCUGGCCACCCAUGCGGCGCCAGGCCAGGAGCCGGCCGAGCCCGCCCAGGAGUGCACGGAGUGCGGCAAGAGCUUCAGCCGCAGCUGCAACCUGCUGCGUCACCUGCUCGUGCACACGGGCGCCAGGCCCUACUCGUGCACGCAGUGUGGCCGCAGCUUCAGCCGCAACUCCCACCUGCUGCGCCACCUGCGAACCCACGCCCGGGAGACCCUGUACUAGCUUAGCCGGUGUUUCCACCAGCCCAACACUGCGCUCACCUCCCCGCGGCAGCUGAGGCUCCCAGGGAUGUUCCUUCCCUCCACGCCCCACCUCUCUCUGCCUCCACCUCCACCUUUGUGCUUCCCUGCCCAAGGAGGCGUUGCUUCCAGCCUCAGCAAUGUAUUCCA